CGUGGAUCAAAGAAGAUUAAAGCGACUGAGUGAAGAAGAGAAGAAGAAGGAAAGAGCUGCUGUUGAUGUCACGCGCUAAACGCUAAUGAUGCUGCGGGCGAUUAAACGAUCUGAGACGACCGAACUCCAGUGGCAGCACCGGAUGGAGACUGAGCUUCUGGUUGACUGGCAGGUGGAGAAGGCGGGGCUUAAGCAGGAGGUGUGUCAUCUGCAGGAGGAGCUGGCAGAGAGUCGUGCAGAGAGGGAGGAGCUAGAGUCCAGGGUGAAAACAGGAAGAGAGAGAGAGGCCAGACACUCUCUGCUCGUCCACCGACUGCAGAACAAGGUGGUGGAGUACAGAGAACGAUGUCAGCGCUUGGAGCUUCAGCUUCAGGAUGAAAACACACAACUGAUCAACACUGAGAGCUGUGUCAGAGGUGAAUGCAGUGACUCCCUGGAGAGCGCCCUCAUCAGGCUGGAGGAGGAACAGCAGAGGUCUGUGUGUGUGUCUGUUGGGUUAGUCGAGACAAACACGUUCUUGUGUGAGAAACUCAAACAUUCAGAUCAGACCAACCAGGUCCUGAGGGAGGAGCUCCACAAGCUGAAGUGUGUGGAGGGGGUGGAGCCCAGAGAGUGUGAUUGGCUGAGAGAGAAGCAGCAUCAAACUCCAGCUUCUGUCUGCAGAUCUGAGGAUUCUGUAAAGAGACAACGUUACCCUCACAAGACUGACAGAUUCAGAGCUCCUCCUCCUCUUCUCUCCUCCACUUUGCUCCUCCCUCCUCCAAACUCCCCCUCCUCAGAGCAUCCUCUCGCCUCCUCCUCCUCCUCCACCACCCUUGGUACUUUCUGUGUGGAUGACCUGGAGUCCAGGAGGGAGGAGCAGGAGGUGUCUCAUCUGAAGGAGCAGAUGGUGGAGCUCUCUCUCUCCCUGCAGGAGGAGCGCGGUCGGGGGGAGGAGAGAGAGAGAGAGGUAGAGAGACACAGAGAAGCAGAGAGAAAGCUGCGCUCUGUCAUCACAACUGUGAUCAGACUGCUGGAGUGUGAACUGUCUCACAGUCAACCAAAGCUGCACGCUCUGAGGUCAGAGGUCAACUUUCUACAGAGUAAGGUCAAGACACUCAGAGAACUUGAGCUGGAGACAUCAUCAGAGGAGAGACACAGACACAGAGACAAGAGAUGUGAAGCUGCUGCACGUGAGGAGCUGGAGGAGGUGAGGAGGAGGAAGGAGGAGCAGAGAGAGGAGCAGGAGGAGGAAGAGCAGAGGCAGGAGCAAAAAGUGGAGCAAAGGGAGGAGCUGGAGGAGGUGAGGAGGAGAGAGAGGCAGCAGAGGAGGAGCAAGAGGCUGCUGAAGGAGGUGAGGAGGAGGAAGAAGCAUCACAGGGAGAGCAGGAGGCAGAAGGAGGAGCAGCAGAGGCAAGAGCAAAAAGAGGAGCAACGAGAAGAGGAGGAACAGGAGGAGGAGCAAAAGGUGAAACAGGAGGAGCAGCAGAAGGAGGAGAUCGACCGUCACCAUGAUGAGGAGGUGAGGAGAGCCGAGCUCAGGCUUAGAGAGGAGCAGGUGAAGAUGGAGGAGGAGGAGACGCAGAAGGACGGAGAGAUGGAGGCACUCUGUAAGAGAACUGAGAGAUUAGAAAGAUCGAAAGAGGAGAGGGAGGAGGAGGUGGAGAGAUGGAAAGCUAGAGUGGAGGAGGUGGAGCAGGAGAAGGAGGAGCAGAGGAGACAGAAAGAGAGACUGCAGGAUGAAAAGGAGGAGGUUGUUGGACAAAUGGAGGAGAUGAAGAAGGAGAAGGUGCAGGAGGUGGAGCUCCUGAUGGUGAGGCUGAGCGUGGCACAGGAACAGUGUGAGGAGAUGAAGGAGGAGGUGCAGAAGAAGGAGUGCAGCCUGGAGCAUCAGAUGAGCGCUGUGAGGGAGAGGGAGCAGGAGGUGGAGGAGCUGAAGGAGCAUCUAAAGCUGGUGGAGGAGCAGGAAGUUGAAGGAGUAUGGGAGGUCCAGGAGGUGAAGGCGAAACUGAAGCAGACGGAGGAGAGGGAGGAGCAGCUGGAGGAGCUGCUGAGAGAAACCUGUGCUCUCCUGGAGAAAGAGAGGAGUGAGGGAGGAGACAAAGACGAGAACAUCUCCCUACUGACCAGGGAGCUGCAGGAGGCGCAGGCCGAGAGUGAGGAGGUGAAGAGGAGAGCUCAGCAGAAUGAGGAGGACAACAACAGGCUGAAGGAGGAGGUGAAGGAGUGGCAGGAAAAUGUGGAGCUCGGCACAAGAGAAGGGACCAAGCUCAGUCGUCUCCUGAAGGAGCGGGAGGAGGAGGUGCAACAGCUGAAAGACUUGUUAGAGAGAGAGGAGGAGAAGAGGCAGGAGGCAGAGGAGCUGAGGAGAAUGGAGGAGGACAGAAGGAAGAGGCUUGACGUCAAAGUGAUGGAGGUGAAGGAGCAAAAUGGAAGGCUGGAGGAGAAAGUGAGGGAGGUGCAGGAGGAGCUGGAGGAGGAGAGGGAGGUGCUGAAGUGGAAGGAGGAGGAGAAGAGGAGGCUGGAGGAAAAACUGAAAGCUUUUGAAGAGGAGAGAAAAGGCGAGGAGGAGGAGCUUAGAAGGAUGAGGGAGGAGAAGAUGAGGCUGGAGAGUGAGCUGAGGAAGGCCAAGGAGGAGCGAGAAGAGUUAGUGAUUACCCAAAGGGAGCAGCACCUCCUGGGGGAGGAGAGAGGUAGGGCCAGGGAUAGAGAGCAGGAAGAGGAGAAGGUGGGCCUCCUGGUGGAGCAGAGGAGGAGAGAACAGGAGGUGAACUCGCUGAGGGAGGAGCUACAAAGAGAGAGAGAUGAGGUACAGGAGGAGCAGAGGAGGAGAGAGCAUGAGGUGACGUCUCUGAGGGAGGAGCUACAGAGAGAGAGAGAUGAGGUACAGGAGGAGCAGAGGAGGAGAGAGCAGGAGGUGACGUCUCUGAGGGAGGAGCUACAGAGAGAGAGAGAUGAGGUACAGGAGGAGCAGAGGAGGAGAGAGCAGGAGGUGACAUCUCUGAGGGAGGAGCUACAGAGAAAGAGGGAUGAGGUACAGGAGGAGCAGAGGAGGAGAGAGCAGGAGGUGACGUCUCUGAGGGAGGAGCUACAGAGAGAGAGAGGUGAGGUACAGGAGGAGCAGAGGAGGAGAGAGCAGCAGGUAACGUCUCUGAGGGAGGAGCUACAGAGAGAGAGAGAUGAGGUACAGGAGGAGCAGAGGAGGAGAGAGCAGGAGGUGACGUCUCUGAGGGAGGAGCUACAGAGAGAGAGGGAUGAGGUACAGGAGGAGCAGAGGACGAGAGAUGAAGUAACAAAGGAAACAACAGCUAAGGAGGAGAUCCAGGAGAAGCUGAAGAGGACUGAGGAGGAGGUGACCAAUCUUAAGCAGGAGGUGCAGAUGGAGCAAACGAGGAGGGAUGAGGUUCAGCUGGAGUUGAAAAUGGAGGUGUCUGCUCUCAGAGAGGAGGUACAGAAGGAACAAAGGGAGAAGAAGGAGGUGCAGGAACAACUGGAGAAAAUCAAGGAGGAGGUAACAGUAAUUACAGAGGAGGUGCACAAGGAACAAAGGGAGAAGGAGCAAAUGCAGGAGGAGCUAGUAAAGAUAAAGGAGGAGGAUCUGAGAGGAGAGGAGCAGAGUGAGGAGGUGCAGGAGGAGCAGUGGAGUGUCCUGCAGAGUCAGGAGAGCCACGCAGAGGAGGAGUGUCUGAGGAGCGUUCUGAAGGAGGAGGUGGAGGAUGUCAGAAGGGAGAACCAGAGGACUCUGAGAGAGGAGGUGCUGCGACAGAGAGGAGAAGUGGACGAAGAGAAAACAGAGGAGGGAAGAAUGGAGGCUGAGGAGCGGUGGAGGAGCAGAGUGAAGAGGGUGGAGGAGGAGCAGGAGGUGAAGUUGAGAGCUCUGCUGGGAGAAAACCAGAUGCUGAAGGAGAUGAGGAGUGAAGGAGUGAAGGAGGUGAGGAGGGAUGUGAUGGAGAGCAGGGAGGAGAUCAGAGUCACGGCGGCCAUGUUAGAGGAGCAGAAAACACAGAUGUUCUGUGUGCAGGAGGAGAACGAGGAGCUGAGGAGGCAGGUGUACGCUCUCACUCAGAGGACAGAGGAACUGGAAGGCGACAGGAAUCGUGUUCGAUUGGCUCUGGAGAGAACUGAGGCCACCAUAGUCGGCUACGAGGGGAGAACCAACCAAUGGGAGCGGAGCACAGGGGCGGGGUCUAAUCCAGACCUGCAUGUGUCAGACAGACUGACGUCUCUUCAUCAUCACGUUGCUGAACUGGAGCUGGAGAAAACACAACAGAGCAAGAAAAUCUCACAUCUGGAAAAUCAGAGAGAGAAACUGAAGAGAGAGAGGAAGACACUGAGAGACACACUGAGAGAGGUGGAGAAGGAGCGUCUGAGGCUGAGGCAGCAGAUGAUGGACAGCUGCAGAUCUCAGGUGUUGACAGACACCACAGAAGAAGAACACCUGAGGAGGAGAGUGAUGGAGCUGGAGGACCAGGUCAGUCAGCUGCAUCUCUUAUUGGCCGUGGACCAGACUCAGAGGGCGGAGUUUAUCCACAAGUUCCUCGGGAACAGUGAGUGGCUGCUCUCACUGCGACACGAGCUCAGGGAUUCGCUGGCCGUCGUCACUCACCGUCCAAUCGCGUCAGUCCUGGAGUCGGAGGCGGAGCGAUUGGACCGCAGCCUGAGGGAGGAGGAGCUAAGGAUGACCAUCAGCCAAUAGUAACACCUUAAAUAAAGUUUCAGACGUCGUCGUCCACAGAAUAUAAACAAACCAGGUACGACCUGUUUACAGCGACGCAGUGUCGAACUCACAACCUCGCCUUCAGCAGCCAUUGUCUCAACACCUUCUCCAGAGGAACCAGUGAAGGUUUCAUGACCUACGACCACCUCACUUCCUGGUUCAGGACCUGUCCCAUGAAUGAAAAACCCAGUGAGGUGAGACUGAGGAGACGAGAGGAUGAGGACAACUGUGAGUGAGGACUUCAGCCAGUAGAGGGCAGCAUUGCACCUCUGAGUGAGAUCGAGCAGAGGUUCCAUGAUCUCCAUCACUGAGAACCUGGACCCUCCAGGUUCAGGAUGAGACUGAAUGUGAUGGAGCAGGUAGUGCAGGAGUUUUCUCACUCCAGCAGGUGGCAGUAAUGAGACAUCAUCUUUGUUUUUAAUUAUAUUUUUAUAAAAGUGAUAACGUUAAAUGUUUUUUGAAGCUCAUGAGAUAUAAAAGUCUCUGUGUUAAACAACAAAACUCUGAAAAAAUGACAACAAAAGUGUCUAUUUGUAUAUAUUUUGUUUAUAUUUAUUAUUUUGUACAGUUUUUUUUUUUUAAUUGUAAAAAGUGUGACGUUGAGUCAACACCGAGUACAAAGACUUUCAUUACUGGU